UCUCUCCGACACCAACGUCUCCAUUAAAACCACUUUAUCUGAGAACUCAGACAAAACAGAAAUUCCAUCAGUCCGGAAUCGAGUCGGAUAGUUUUCCGCCGAACCAGUUAAAGUGCAGUUCGUUUUGUUCCAAACAAUUUCACUGCUCAAUUUCAUUCCAGUGUUUUUUGCAAGGGUGUUAACCCCCAACUCCUCGACCUUUUGUUAAGGAUAAAAUAAAAAUAAAAAACAAAUCAUUGAUCUUCCAUCAAUAGAAUUCAAAGUGAAGUGAAUCCGAAACCUUGCCAUUCAAGAAAUUCCUUUAAUUUGUUUUCCAUUAGAAGUUAAAAAGCUCAUAGAAAAUCGAAAUCAGUGUUGUUACAAGAUUCCAGAAUUGGUCGUCGUCGUGGUUUACACUUUCACUCUUGCCCCCCUCCCCUCACUUGAUUACACAACAAACAAAAACAACCUCGAGUGAAACUCUAAAAAAGUACAAAUUUAUACUCUUUACCUUCUUCAAGUCUGGUGAAAUAAAAUUAUGAACUUUCUAUUGUCAUAGUUUAUGUCCUAAAAAAAGAACAAAGAUUCCAUCGGUGAAGAGUUCUUCACUCUUGCUCUUCCCGUCCGUCUGUGGAAGAGCAAUCCAAAUAAAUGUCAUCCCCAUCGUCAUCAUCAGCAGCCCAAGUGGAAGUAUCAACAUCAAAGGCAGCUAUAGAAACAGCUGAAACUGCGGUGACAGCAGCAUCAACAAGCUUGGCAGAAGCUGCACACAAGAUGAUGAUUCUAGACAUGCAGGCUCGACUCCAAGAAGAACAGUCGAGCUCAAACAGUGUCAAGUCCAAGGCCCCCGUUUCUCUGAUUGUCCACGAAAACAACGGCAAAAUAAACACCAUACUCACAACGGACAGUGACAGUGGCUGCGAACGUGACGAACAUGACACCUUAACUAACUCAAAGAACCGAAGACCAGCGAAUUCGGUGUGUCUUCGGGUGCACGGUUUUAUUUCGGACCACUGGUACCUGAGCUAUCUGGUGCCGCUUGCCAUAGUUUGUGCACUCGUCAUAGUUGCCUAUCUGAUGCGAGACUACGCCCGCGAAUUGCUCUACUGGGUAGAGACGCAGAAUUCUUGGGUUGUUUUUGGCAUUUUCAUGUGCCUAUUUGUGUUGGUCAGCUUUCCAAUUGUUGUGGGCUAUUUUGUGCUCAUGAUCAGCAGUGGGUACUUGUUUGGGUUCAUUAAGGGCCUCUUGACUGUGAUAUUGGGUGCCAAUAUAGGGAUUGCCAUUGCUCAUACGACACUGAGGAGUUUAAGACAUCGCCUUCCUGUUCAUAAAUUAAUUAAAAACGAAACUGGUCGUGCCAUACUCCGGGUCAUAUCUGGACCAAGAGCAUUUAGAGUAGUUUUAUUCACACGACUCACGCCCAUACCAUUUGGACUACAAAAUGCAAUUUUUGGGAUCAGCACAGUUCACCCUCGAGUUUAUCAUACGGCUACAUUUCUAGGCCUACUGCCUGCUCAAACGAUAAAUGUCUACCUAGGAUCUACACUAAGAUCUAUGCAUGAAGUUCUAAAUAACCAUGGAACCGCUGUUACAGGGUACAUAAGCUUUGGAAUAGAGGUAAUAUUUGGAGUUGGUCUUAUGAUCUGGGUUGUACAAAAAGCCCGAAAGGAACUAGCUUCAACCCUCCUAUCCGAAUACUCAGGCAGCGAAAGCAAGCUCAACGAUAUUCAAGUGUAAAAAUACUACACCUUAGAUGUUAACCAAAUAAGAUAUUAUAUUUAAGAGUUAUAUUCUAAGUCAAAGCAUUUUUCUAUGUUAAUUAUUUUUGUUUUCAUUUAAAAAAUUUAAACUAAGCUAUAAAUAUAUAUAUAUUUUUCGUUUAAGAAAAAUAUUACCUUACAAAAAAGAUGUAUACAAUGAAAUUGUUAAGAGUAU